AUGCCGCUCUUUCUCCCGCACGACACCGCCCUCAACGAUCAUUCCCUCGACACGCUCAUCGACCUGGUCGACCCCGAAUCGCGCGUCGACGUCCGCAAGUUCCGCUUCCUGCGAGAUGCUCGCCGAUGCAUCUGUGGACGACUACUUGCCCUUCACGUCGCGUCGACCCGGCUCGACCAGCCUUGGACCGCGUUGAGCUUCCGCAAAAGCGAGCGAGGGCGGCCGUACCUCGAGCGAUCUGAACCGCCUGAACACGCCUACGACUACAACACCUCUCACGACGGCGAGCUCGUCGCCGUCGUCUCGGUGCUCGAGCCUCGCCCUGCCUCAACCUCACCGUUCCCGGGCUCGACCGCGCCUUCGCCUCGCGUCGGUGUCGACGUCAUGCGCAUUCGCAAUCCCUGGGACGGUACCUCGGUCGACGAGUUCGUCUCGGGCGUGGCAGAACAGCUCGCUCCGCGAGAGCUCUCGGCUCUCUCGCGCUUCGGCGCCGGCCCGGGCAGCGACGCCCGACGGCUGCGGCACGUCCUCGCGCUCUGGACGCUCAAGGAGGCGUUCGUCAAGGCGACGGGCGAGGGCCUGCACCGCGACCUGCGCAGCGUCUCGUUCAAGCUCAAGCUUGACGCCGGCAUGGGCGAAAGCGGCGAGGGGCACGAGGCGCGGCGGGUCGGCGAGGGAACGCUCGAGGGUCGGAAGAUGGACGGCUGGCGGUUCUCGCUCGUCGAGGUCGGCGAGGACGCCGGUUCGAGCGAGGCGCACGAGCAGCAGACGUACUGGCUCGCCGUAACGGAGCAGGCGACGGGCGGCAACGGCGACGUGAGCCUUGCGCUGCGGCGGCCCGAGUGGGUCCGUGAAGUGGCUCUCGCAGAAAUAGUCGCUCUCGCUCGCGACGACGCUUUUUGA